UCCAACCAUUGAGGAAGGAAUAGUUCCUGCAUGAUCCAACUAAACCGUCGUAUACGUACGGCCAUGCGUAGGCCAACGUUGGUCUGGUGCCAAUAUUGUACAUGUAUACCCAGCACGAUAUGUGGCAAAGGGGGACCUCCAAAGUGGUGUACAAUCUAUAUACCAGUGCAUCCACUGGAAAUCUGACAGGAAUUCCAAAGAUUCCGUCAACACCGUAAUUAUCUAAUCCCUCGGUCUCUGACGCAUAUUUAUACACAUUUUAAUUGUCCAAAAUACAUUAUCAAAUUUUCAAAUUUAUUUACUUAUACAUAAUUCACACCUGUGUAGAACCAGGUAAUGUUUUACGUACGAUGAAACUGCGCUAAAUAAGGAAAUUCCAUGAACGGCACAUUGCAAUUGGGUUUUUCCACUCUUCAAAAAAUAGACACGGCCGGGGAAUCCCCUUUCGGGAAUUACCCACGAACUGGCGACAGUCGACAUUGGUGGAUUACAGUAGGGCCUACCAUUGUUUAGUCUUGCUAUCCGAAGCCAUUUCCACACUACUGGGUCGAACCUUCGUGCCCCGAGCUGGAAAUUUGAUUAGAGACACGUUAGCUUUGAUCUUAAGCCUUAAGGAUCAGAAAAAUCGUAGGAGUUUCGAUCGUUGUGGGUGAAACCCUUAGAUCGAAGCGGAAGCCAUGUUCAUAGGUGCAAGGGUUGUACGAGGGCCGGACUGGAAAUGGGGUGAUCAGGACGGGGGAUCUGGCUGCGUUGGCACGGUAGUCCCGGCACAAGCCAAGAACAGUACCUCAGGAGUUUGGGUACGAUGGGACUCAGGCAGUGCAGCUAACUAUCGCGCUGGGGGAGCCAGUGGCAAGUAUGAUCUACGGAUUUAUGACAAUGCCCAGUUAGGAGUGAAGCAUCCAAAUAUCAUUUGUGAUGGCUGUCAUGAGAACGGUGUUGUGGGAAUCCGCUGGAAAUGUCUGGAGUGUCAUGACUUUGACUUGUGUCAUGGCUGUUACAAUGAGGGCAAGCAUGACUUGGGACAUCGCUUCACAAGGAUUGAAUCCAACUCAGUUCCAGGGAUUGAAGUUCCUUGUCGAUUUGGUGCCAUAAAAUGCCGCUCUUUGGGCAUUUUCCCAGGUGCCCGAGUGGUGCGAGGGCCAGAUUGGGAAUGGUCAGAUCAGGAUGGCGGCGACGGUAUAGUGGGUACCGUGUGCAAAGUCAGUGGUGGACAGGGAACACACCGUUCUUGGGUUACAGUUCAGUGGCCCAACCUCACCACCAAUCAAUACCGGCGGGGUCACCAGGGGAAGCAGGACUUACGGUACACAGAGAAGGAUACCACAGGAGAGUUCUACAUUCAUCACCUCCCAAGGCUUGAUGCAGCCAGGGUUCGCCCCUACUUGGACUCUGGUGAUAAGGUCCGCUUGCUGGACAUGGACCCAGGCAAGCUGAAGGAAUUUCAGCUUGAGAGGUGUGGCUGGAAUGAAGAAAUCAACGACUACCUUGGAAAAGUUGGAGAAGUCAUUAUGGUUGAUAGGGAUGGAGAUGUGAAGAUCAACUUUGGAGGAUCAUCCUACUUUAUUAAUCCAUUGUGCCUCUCCAUGGAGAAGAAAAAAGAGGUUGAGACUACAACAAGGAAUCCACGUAGCACUGAUGAUCUGGGUGAUUUGCUCGCUGCUCUUGUCCUGAAGUCUGAGCUGGAGAAACUUGGGGACCUUUUAGGAGGAUCUGAUGCAUCGAGCGGAGCUGCUCUCUUUCAGGCAGCAGCUACCGGCAACACCAACAAAGUGCGGGAGAUCAUCAAGAAUCACCCAGAUGCAGUGAAAUUUCAGAAUGAUGAGAAACAGACAGCACUCCAGGCAGCUGCUCAUCGUGGUCACAUGGAUGUAGUUUCUACUUUGGUUGGAGCUAAAGCACCACUUGAACUUGAGGAUGAAGAUGGAGAUACAGCACUUGCUUAUGCAGUACUUGGCAACAAGCCAGACAUCGUCAAACAUCUUCUGCUUGCUGGGAGCAACGUGAACGCAGCCAACAACAAGGGUUUGACUCCACUCCACCUGGCUGCUGCCAAAGGUCACCAGACAUGCGUGGAAGUGUUGCUUAAACCGAUGCCAAGUAGAUGUGAUGUAAACUGCAAAGACCAAGCAGGAAAUGUGCCACUCUACUUGGCCAUGCGGUCAAAGAGCAAGCCCAUUGUCAAGUUGCUUGUUGAGCACCAAUGUAUAGAUUUGAGACUGACCAACAAGAAUGGCUUCAACAGUCUUCAUAAUGCAGUUAUGACCACAAAUUUGUAUGCUGUGGAGGCUAUUCUGAGAGCCUCACCAAACAUGGUCAACAUUCCAAAAGAGGACGGCUUCACGGCACUACACCUUGCUGCCCUCAACGGCCUUCCAGAUAUCAUUUUGACCCUCAUUAAACAGGGCAACUGCAACAAGGAAUUGAAGAAUAUUAAUGAGCAGACGGCAUUGCAUCUGGCCAUAGAUAAGACACACAACAAGUGCAUUGAGGCUCUCGUUAAUAAUGGUGCUAACGUGAAUGCCCAGGACAAAGAUGGUGACACCAGUCUUCAUCUGAUCAUGAUGAAAGCUUCCAUGAAAGACGUCAUGCAGUGUACACCAAUGGGAAAGUUGUUGGACCUGGUUCAACAAAUAGGCCGUGAAGGCAGUUCCUCUGACGAAAGAUCCAACCUGGUUGCCAUAGCAGUCUACCUAGUUAAAAAUGGCGCCGACAUCAACAUCAGGAAUAAAAAAGGGAGCACUGUGCUUGAUGUCACCCUUAAUCCUGGGGUUGAGAAGCUACUUAAGGAUAUUUACCAACUGAAAAGGGUUGAACGGGCAACGACAUCCAAAAAUGACAACUGUAAAGUCAGCUAAAUGCAUUUGGUGACGAUAGAAUGAUGGCAUAAUGUCAACUGAGAAUACACAUUGCAAAUAUUGCCAGAUUCUAACGUUACAUGAUGUUGACAUUAAAAUGCAUCAACAAUUGAUGAAAACCCUGUUUACUGAAUCUAAUAACCAAUUCAAGACACAAUAUCAGUGUGUGGAUCGAAAACAAACCUUAUCUUUUGUAACUCAGAUCCUAACCUUAUGGGUCAAAUGCAUUUUAAGGCAGUGCAAUUUUGAUAAAAAAUAUGACAGUAGCAUGUGCCCCCACUCAGAAGGUUAAAAGCUUAUUACAGCUUUCUUGAUGGCAGCAUUGUUUUUUAAUCUACAGUCAUUGUCUUAAAAUAUGGCUUAACUUCAGUCCACUGAUUUUCUUUGUAAGCUUUUUAAAAACUCUUACUUACAAAUAACGAUCCAAAAAGCUACAUCACAUCAUGUGGCCUCGUGUUUUUAAGAGAAAAAGAACUUGUGCUGCAAACCCAGCGCCUUCAAAAAGUUGAUCAAGUAAGGUGUACACUUCCCAUAUCCAUUUAUAGAAAUGGUGUUUGGAAAGCAUGAGUCUGUUCAGUUAAAAGAUGGAUAGAAAAUAUAUGUAUUGUAUUAUUACCUGUAUUGUACACUCAGAAGUUCAGAUGUAUGAACGCAGGAUGCUAGGCAUUGCUACAAUUGGCGCUCGAUCUGCAAUUUGAUGUUUUUUCCCUUUAUCACAGAAAACCAAUCCAUGUUAUUCUGUAAUCAAAUUUGUUCUCUGACUUUACAGAAAGUCUUUUGUUUAGAAUUUGGCCCGCUUAAAAUUAUGUUCCUUAUUAUUCUAUACGUGCCUUUAAUGUAGUUGUGUAAAUAGUUCGGGUCUUCGGAAUUCUGUGAAAAACGAGUAUGUACCAUUUAAUUGUAAAGUGCAAAUAACAUCACUACUUUUGUUGAAAUAUCAGCUAAAAACAAGUUAGAUAUAAAGCCAAGUCAAAUUUUGGUUAAGGGCUGAUCCGGGGGCCAACAGGGCCAUGCCCCAGAAAAAAUGACGAUGAUGUUUCAUCUCUUCUUCAAAAAGCCCGGAAAUGCAGUUUCACCCUCCAGAAAGGCCAUACAAAGUUACAUGGAGAAAAACAUGCUUUAUGGCCCAAAAACAUAGUUUGCGCCUCCCCCCCCCAAAAAAAAUGGUUUCGGAUUCUCCUUUGUUAUUGGUUGAAUUUUGUUACCGACGAAGAUCCGGCACUUAGUAAUAAAUAGCUCAUGGACAAACCGUUUCUGUUUUUGUACACGACCUACUCUGUUUGGGCUAUGAACAACUUUCAUGAGAGCACUUUUACUGAUUUAGAUCCUAGAAAAUAUAAAUAAGCUUACUUAUGAUAAACCGUGUAGAAUGUAUGUCCAAGUCAUGGAUUUGCGUAAAUCAAUGGACAGAGGAUUUCGCACAAUGUAAGGGAAAAGAUUUGAAGAUAGACUACGUCUCGUUUUUACUUCUCCCAUUUCUUCCUUUUCUAUUCGCUUUCCUUUUCAUUUGUUGGUUUUGCUUGCAGACAGCAACAGAACUGCCCCGAAGCUCGAUAUCGCUGGUGCUGAUUUCAGUGUGACCGGCGCAAGCGUUCUCAUUCCUUGAAUGGUAUCGGGCCCCUCAUUGUGGCUUAAAACGAUUACAAGAAUACAGCGAAAAGCUCCCUAUUGUCACUACAAAAGAAUUCCCCUGUAGUUUAGUUUAAGGCAUUUUAGUGCUUGCCAAAUCUGCACUUACACUGCCGCGAAUAAUUCCAUUUGUUAUAAUGAAUGUCCAUGCAAGUGAAAACACAGCAGCCUCACGCGUAAACGAAUAGCGGGCAGAUCGUUCGAGUAAUUAGCCAUGACAAAACUACAUGUUUACGAUUAUAAUCAUAUUUCGCGGCAACGCCGUGGUCAGUUUCGGCCAAACCAACGGACAAAAUAUGGCUGUCUAUAUAUGACAAGAAAAAACUACUGAUCAUCGUCUAAGAGCAAAUUUCUUUACUUCAAAUCAUGAUCACUUUUGCGGUGAUACGGUUUCAAUUCCAUUACUAUGACCUCAUCAGGUGGAGUUGUUUGAAUGCAUGCAGUGAUAUGCCUUGAAGGAAAUUAGUCUGAAAGCACCUAGCGAUACAUAAGUUGUUUAAACAAAGUGGCGUAGGUCCAAUUACUUACAUUGAUCGAACAAGCCAAUCUCGUACUUCUUAAUUAACAAUUUACACGCAUAUGAAUACGACAAUAGAACUUAGUAACCAGUAGGGGAUCCACUGAUAAUAUUCAGAUAACUCAAUAGUAUGCAGACUCCAUAAAGACUAAUGA